AUGAACAGUAACAACGAUAUAAUAGCAAAUGAUGAUCAAUCAAUAAGUAUUGAUCAUGAUAUCUAUGACGGUGAUUAUAAUCAACGUUCUCAAAAUGAUAUCACACAUUCAAGUGGUAGCAGUAUAAGUAGUAAUAGUACAACAACAGUAAAUAAUGGUACAAGACGUUUAAAAGAUGUACCACCAUGCUUUGUAUGUGGAGCGGAAGCUCAUGGUUAUAAUUUUGAUCAAAUUACAUGUGAAUCUUGUAAAGCAUUCUUUCGUCGUAAUGCAUUGAAAUCAAUGGAAAGAUUUCGUUGCCGUAGUAAUGAUACAUGUGUUAUUACAGCAGUCACACGUAAACGAUGUAAACGUUGUCGAUUAAUUAAAUGCUUUGAAGUUGGUAUGCGUAAAGAUUGGAUUUUAUCAGAUGAGGAAAAAACUAUAAAACGUGAAAAAAUUGUAAUCAAUCGUCUACGAAAACAACAAGCACAAAUAGUUUUACAACAGCAAACUAACGAUUUAAUUCAUUCAAAUUUAAAAACAAGAACUAAAACAACUACUGUUCAACAAUCUCCUAUUCUUACAUAUGCAUUAAUGUAUAUGUAUCAACCAUGUGAUCAAAAAAUGUAUGGUCGUCAGCAAUUUCUACUCGGACAGUUAUCAGAUGGUUAUCAACUAAUCUGUCAACAAUACCCUCAACCACAUAAAUUUCUUUAUCGUAAUACAAUUAUAUCUCAAACUGAAACAUUCGAUUAUAAAUUAUCAUUAAUUCAAGAUUUAACACGAGAAUUAACACAAACGACAACAUUACGUUUAUUAAAUUUUUUUAAUUUAAUACCUGAAUUUCAAUCAUUAACACAACAGCAAAAAACAUCGAUUCUAAUUCAAAAUAUGUUAUCAAUUUUUAUGUUUCAUGGUGCAUUAACAUAUGAUCCUAAUAAUGAUACCUUUGUUGAUCGUACAACAAGUGAUGAACCAUAUGAUGCAAAAUAUUUACUUUAUGUUUAUGGAGCAAGAGUCUAUAACGAUUUUACAGCAUUAGCUCGACAAUUACUAGAUGUUACAUAUCAAUUAGCAAACGAUAAACGAGCAGAUGAACAUGGACAUACUUUAUUUCUAUUACUUAUGGUAAUUCUUUUAUUUUCUGAUGAUAUUCAAAUGAAUUUAAGUGAAAAUAAUCAAACUAACUUGAGUAAAAUUCAAGGAAAUUAUAUUGAUAUAACAUGCCGAUAUUUACAUGAUAAUAUCGGCUAUACAACUGGACAACGAAUGUUUCGAAAACUUAUUCCCUUACUUAGCGAUCUUCAAAAACUAUGUUCAACAUUAGCUAAUGUUAAUUUAUGUGAAAUGGCAGAAGAUAGUAAUAAAUCAUCAUCAUCUGGUACAAUAACAACAACUAAUAGUAAUAGUAAUAGUAAUUAUAAUCAAGGACCAGUUCAAUCAUCGUUAAUAUCUUCUUCAACUGAAUUUAGUUCAACAAUCAUUAGUGGAAGAUCUCAUUUAAACGAAUUACAAAAGGAAAAUCGAGCGCCAUCAUCAUUCAAUUCACCAUCUUCGGUACUAUCUAAUCAAUCAUCACCAUUCAUUCUAUCAAACAGUACCACAACAACACUUCCUAAUUAUCCAGUGUAA